GAGCGCAGUGGCGACAGGGCGUGGUCAAUUACUAACUCCUCCCAUACUCUUACGCUGUGCACGCGCACCCAGGAGGAGCGAGCGGUUGAGAAGUCUUCCGCAAACUCGUAUGCAGCGCGUGACCGUCGGACUGAUUGGUCCACGGCUUGGCGUGCGGAGUAUAUCUGACACUCAGCUGGAGGAAAGGGGAGGACCUGUCCAGUGUCAGCGGUUUCUGUGUUGUCAAACAGGAUGGGCGCUAGGCUGAGCAGACGAAGUAGCUUGGAAGACGAGACAGAAUUUUCCAGGCGGAGGCGGCGGCGACAACAGAGCCCCCGGGGUGCGAGUAUGAGAGGCGGUGGUGAUUUCUUUUUCACGUCGCUGAUCCUGCGUUCCGAAAAGCUUCCGGGAAUCCUAAAGAAAAGCAGCCCAGCACCCUAUAUGAGGCGAGUGUCAUGGAUCCGGGAGAUCCAGGGGCUUUUAAGAGAGAGCAAGGCAGAGGAGGCGCUCGGCGUCCUCAGAUUACUACGAAAGGAUUUGGGUCUAGAAGGCAGUUCUCUAAGUGAUGUUCUCUAUAAGAACACUGCAUUCCUAAACCUGGUGGAUCCCAUCUCUCAUGAGCUCCUGCUCGGUCUGGCACGGGACAUUCAGUGCCCAAAAAAGGAGAUUGACCCACUGCGGUCCUCUGAUAAGAUAUGCAGACAGCUGAUUUACCACCUAAGCCCACAUUCCAAAUGGCUGCGACAGAGCAUGCCACGAAGGAAAUCGCAGGCGUGCCUGAAAACAACUUUGCAAAAGAAAAUGGCCAGUGAUGCAAUAGAUUUGUCUGGGAUCCCCUUGUCCAUCAGGGAUGUUCACCGUAUAGGCUAUUAUGUGCAGAACAAUCGGGAUGGAAUUACUGUGGUUGACUUGAGCUUCACCGAGCUGCAUGAUGACCACCUGCGUUUGCUCCUGCCUUUCCUUAGUUCCUUACCUAAACUGACUAACCUAGCUUUAAAUGGAAACAGGUUGACCUUGGCCAUUGUCAAAGAAUUGACCGAAGCCCUUAAAGAUGCAGGCAAGUUCCCUUGUUUGUCGUGGAUUGACCUGGGAAAUAAUGUGGACAUCUUCACAAUGCCUCAACCCCUCCUGGUCGCAUUACGCAAGCGAUGCAGCUUGAAGAGCAGCCUACCCACCAUUUAUGAGUAUACAGAGGGACAGCCGUACGAUUACAAUCUGGAGACAUCUCUGGAAGAAUCCAGCCAGUUCGAGGAUGAUGACGUCUUCAACAAUGAUGAAGAGGUUUCACACAUCUGGGUGACAUCUGAGAGAUGCAUGUCUCCUAGCCUUACGCUUCAGUGCUGUGAGAGGUGAUAGCUCUGCCAAGCCCAUGGUUUUGAACACUUGAAAAGUGUUCUCUUCACUUUUUUUGACACAUGUAUCGGCACCUCUGAGUUAAGGCCAUACAUUUGAAAGCUUGUCCCAACACAGCACCCAUAAUUCAUGUCCUGAUUUAAUCCAGAGUAGCCAGUUAUUUAACGUGCACCUGGAAACGAGACGACAUUUUACUGGCAGCCGAGAGGUUUUUCAGAAUGGUCUUUCUUGCAUGGCAGCUGAAGAAUUCUAGUUAAGUAAUGAGGACAGUUGGUUUGCUGUUAUUUAUUUUUCUUGUUUUAAAGGGCUUAUUCACAGACCAUUUUGCGGAGAAGAAUAAAGUGUGCAAAUUUUGCUGUUAUGCCAAACUGACUGAACCACAUUUUUGCCCAGAAGCCUGUCAUAUGGGCCAUCCGCUCUGACUUUGUGUGUGUGUUUGUGCUAAACCUGCCAGCAAAAGCAGCAUCAGCAACAGAGUUGGCUCCUCUUCAUUGCAGUCAGUAACAUCGCUCGCACUUUGUAACCCUUGACCUGUCAUUACUAGUGUUCACUAGUACACACUGUGUUUGAAUACAUCUGUGAUGUUGUUUAUUGUAUGGAACACUGUGCAAAAAAUAUCUCAAGUCUUUCCUGCAAUUUAGAAUCUGACGUCUUGGAGGCUGGAGGAAACCGGAUGGGGGUUUGGGGGGUCUUUUUUUUUUUUUUUUUAAUCCAAUAAUUCUGUGCCAUUUGCACAUGAAACUGUGAAAAGCUCCUGAACCAGGUGAUAAAGUGAUAAAAAGCCUCCUUACUGCCAUGCAUUGCAUUUGAUACUCUGUUUUCAAGGAAAUUGUUGAUAAUGCCAAAGGUGACUAAGAUGUUCCCAAAAAAUUGCAUCAACAAGCUGUUACAAUCCCAAAGGAUUUUUUAAGACUGAGUUGUUUUCUUUUGGUACUCUCGUUUGUGUUUCUUGCGUUUGUUUAAUGGAGGAUCCUUGCUUCCUGAUGAAACUUAUCUUUAGAGCUUUUCCUCAGAAUGGAGGUGAUUUUUAAGUUGUUGGUGCCACACUGAGGGCAGCGUGCAGUUGCUUGAGUCUGAAGGUUUCUGGAGUAGUUAUCACUACUUUGGAGCAAAUUUGAUUUUAGGAUUGUGAUGAGAGUUGACCUUUUGAGAUGAUGUCACUAUCUGCGUGAGACCACCCUUCAGUUUGUUGUUUAAGGUAUGGUGAAGGUGACUUUCCUGAAAGCUCAGCAAGUUGCCAAUGGUCUGUCAGGCACUUACUGAAAAGGGGUCCCCGUGGCCUGCCUGUUAAGAUGCUGCAUUAUGCAUACCAUGGAUUUAUGGGGAAAAGGCCAGACUGUAUUCAUAACAGCAACAGAAAUGAAAGCAAAGAUGAGCCCGGGAUGCCACGUCCGAUAUACAUGUAUGUUAGCCUGGCCUCCAUCUAGUAAAAAGCAAAGCCUUUUGUGGUAACACAUGGAAGUUUAAUCUAUGCAAAAGAACUGACACGGUACUGGUAACUUGAUGCAUAGAAUAUCUGAGGUGCGCCAUGGCAGUGUGCUGUUGAUUGGCAGGGCUUCUGAUAGUUGGUAUUUGAUGUAUUUGUAAGAUGUGCAAGUGGUUUUGCUGGUGUGCCUGAAGUGCCACCAGAUGACCGAGCGAUUAAAAGAGAAGACAAAAAGUUCAUCUCUAAUAUUGAAUGUAUUUUUGAUUAGGACAUGACCUCUCUCUUUUUUUUUUUUUUUUUUUUUUUUUUCUGCCUACAAUAACUCUUCUUAAGCUGUGUUUUUGGUGGGCACCUGUUGUUGUACCCACUUUAAGUGACUUUAUGUAGAUUGCCUGUCUAGCAGGGGCUUGGCCACUUGUUUGGUUUAAUCUACAUUGUGAUUUGCACUGAGAGGAGUGAUGGCACUCCCUGGGAAUGUGCACCAAACUCGCUGAAGGGAAUUGUGUGGAUGUUUUGUGAAAUUGGAUGAUGAAUGUGGGGCGGCGGGGUGGUGGUUAUAAAGAACUGACACUUGCAGUGCUUUGACUGUUAUAAGUACUAUCUGUCCAAGCAGAUAAGUAAACACUAGGCUUCCUGAUUGAAUCUGUGUCUGAGUGUUAAUGGCUACUUGGUUGUGUUUUGUUGUGCAGUGUGAGAAGUGGAUAAUGGCGAUUUGAAAUGAAGACUUCUGUACUGCUGGCUUUGCUGUAUAAACACAGGGAAGCACAGCACAAGUGAAUAGCUGCGUGACCUGAUGGUAACUGUCCUGAGACCACAUGGAGCUGUGGAUGUGCACUUAGCUUUCCCUGCACGCUGUUAGUGUUCAUUUUGACGCUGUCUGCUAGUGUUAUUUGAGGACACAGUUGGUAUAAUCCAUCUGGGUUGUGCUGAUAUUUAUCUCCCUGUCUUUUUAUUCACAUUUUGGUGCCUGCCCAGGUUGGGUUUUCUGUUUUAGUGUUCUCCCACACACCUUCGUAAAUGUAUAAAUGUUCUUUUUCGUUUUGAUCACUGGCGUACUGGAAACUUGACUCUGAUUUAGAAAUGGUGUCAUUCACCCCGUUAACAACUGGAUGUCUCUUCUGUUACCCAUUCAUUGGUGUUGGCUCAUUUUUUGCUUGAUGCAAAAAGUUAAAACCAAUCAGAGGAAACUGUCCAAACUUUGUUUCCCUUUUCUGUUCCACAGCAGGUAUCAUCCUGCCUGAAGGUAUAUGUCAACUUCUCUCACAUUUGGACAUGGACAUAACCACUCCGUAAAAUCUGUGCCUACUAGAGCCUGUUCAGAACAUCUUGUAAUUUUUACUGGAGAGUUGACGUUUUUUCUUUUUCUGGUAGACAGUUUUUUUUUUUUUUUUCCAGAUUUCUACUGAUUAAAACUCCACGAAUCCUUAAUAUUGGUGUACAGCAAUUUUUUUGUGUCUGUGCUUCACUGCCAUGUUUUACAACUGUUAGACACUGCUGUGCAUCAAGAAAUGAUACACCACUGCCAAUAACCCUCGACUCCUGGUGACCUCUUUAGUCAAAGAAAACCACAGUCCAGUCCAAAAACAAGCAGGCACCUUAGUGGCCUUGAGUGACAAACUAGAGUAACCAAUCAUCUGAAAAACGAUCAUUUUGUGACCCCUUUGUCCUGAGCAGGUUACAAACAGAUUAUUUCUUAGCAGAUUGACACUAAGCUCUUCUAUUUUUCCCAGCUACCAAUGUCAUUCAGGAUGAGAUUAAAGUGAUCUGACCUGGCAGUACACUUGUGUUCAUCUCCCAGUUGACCUCCUAAGCAAUGUGAUUUGGUUUAUGUACAGACCACUUGUUCACUAUGCAGCUCAACUGUACUUAGUGAAUUUGCAGCAUAGCAGCACACUAUGACUACGAUGUACUGUGUUUCUCCUCCUGUUGUCUUUGUGUCACACCAUUGCGCCUCCCCCAAAAACUGGAUCACCGUAAAGAUGUUUGUACAUUUAUAUGCUGUACAUUUAAAUCAUCCCAGUAGCGGGAAAGUGAUAGCCUACUUCUAGGACUAGAUAGUCGCCAUGUCUAAAAGGGUGAAUGUGACUGGGGGUAUUUUAUUCUGAGACUUUUGUAUGUAUAUUUGAAGCUUUUCCCUCUUUUUUGUGUCUGCUGAAACUGUACAUUCUUUUAUGUAAAUACACUUAUUAAUGAAUACUGUGUUUCUACCGUGUUCAAUAAACCGAUCAAACCUC